CGCGCUGCCCCCCGUGCGUGCGUGCGUGCGUGCGUGAGUGCCCAUGGCCGCCUACUCGUACCGCGGUGGCCCCGGGGCUGGACCCGGGCCUGCGGGCGCCGCGCUGCCGGACCAGAGCUUCCUGUGGAACGUCUUCCAGCGGGUUGAUAAAGACAGGAGUGGGGUGAUAUCGGACAGCGAGCUUCAGCAGGCGUUAUCCAACGGCACGUGGACCCCAUUCAAUCCAGUGACCGUGAGGUCAAUCAUUUCUAUGUUCGACCGGGAGAACAAGGCCGGCGUGAACUUCAGUGAGUUCACGGGCGUGUGGAAGUACGUCACGGACUGGCAGAACGUCUUCCGCACCUACGACAGGGACAACUCGGGGAUGAUCGACAAGAACGAGCUGAAGCAAGCGCUCUCAGGUUUUGGCUACCGGCUCUCCGAUCAGUUCCAUGACAUCCUCAUCCGCAAAUUUGACAGACAAGGACGAGGGCAGAUCGCGUUUGAUGACUUCAUCCAAGGCUGCAUUGUCUUACAGAGGUUGACAGACAUCUUCAGACGGUAUGACACGGACCAGGACGGCUGGAUCCAGGUGUCUUACGAGCAAUAUCUCUCCAUGGUCUUCAGCAUCGUGUAGCCAGGCCUUGUGGACAACAGCCCAGCGUGCGAAGACACUGGAAUGCCAAAUCUCUCAGCCUGUGACGUGGGACGCAGGUGCAGUCAGCUGCUGCUCUUCCUGUAAACUUUGUAUAGGUGACACUUGGGGACCUGGCUGUACAUAUGUGAAUAGACUGAUUAGUGUUUAUAAUCGUAGCUGCAUUGUGACCAUACAAACCUUGGGUUUGCUGACUAAUUGUGCCAUGAGGUGAAGCUUAGUAAGGGUUCAGGUGUUCUGCUUGGAAAGAAUGUAUCAUGUCCUUCUCUAGGUGUCUCUAAUUCUGCACUUGAAAUGCUUUUAUUAGCCAAUAGGAUUUUAAAAUAAUACGGAACCUGCACUUUUCACGUGCCUUACAUUUUUUUUUAAAAAAGGAGUUUAUUGUAUUCAUUGGAAUAUGCAACAUAAUAAAAUGAUGAUGCAGACUGAA